CAUGAGGCGCAUACUCAGUAGAAAUUUAUUGAGCAGUAUUAGUUUAUUUGGCAGAAAUCUCCAACCUUGUACCUCUGUGGCAGUGGGUCAACGAAGCGUCAUUUCCAGGCUUUUCUGCACAACAUCAACGGGCACAAGUAUGGACCUGAGUGACAUGAGAAAAAAAUACAAAGGGGAUGAGGAGUGCUUUGAGGAGAACCAGUUGGCCUCUCUGGACCCAAUCAAGCAAUUCGGAAACUGGUUUGAUGAAGCUACAAAGUGCCCAGAAAUCGGAGAGGCAAAUGCAAUGUGCAUAGCCACUGCCACUAAGGAUGGACGUCCAUCUGCUCGUAUGGUCCUGCUGAAGGGUUACAGCAAUGACGGUUUCCGCUUCUUUACAAAUUACGAAAGCCGAAAGGGUGGUGAAUUGGAGAGUAAUCCAUAUGCAUGCCUGGUUUUCUACUGGGAACCCAUAAACAGACAGAUUCGCAUUGAAGGCAACGUGGAGAGAAUCCCAUUUCAGAACUCCUGUGACUAUUUCCAUUCUCGACCAAAGAGCAGUCAGAUUGGAGCUGUUGUGAGCAGACAAAGCACUCCAGUUCCUAAUAGAGAUUAUCUAAGACAGAAAAAUGCAGAACUGGAAGAGAAGUACAAGGAUUGUGAAGUGCCUAUGCCCGAUUAUUGGGGUGGCUAUAUCGUCAAACCAUACCUGAUAGAGUUUUGGCAGGGUCAAACCAACAGACUUCACGACCGCAUUGUCUUCACCAAAGUGAAAAAUGAAGAGGAGCUGGGAGAGUUUCAGCAUCCUGCAGAGAAUGGCUGGGCAUACCAGCGUCUGUCUCCAUGAAAAGGACAGAAAAUAUUCACUCUUGCAGCCAUGGACAUAUAUAGUUAUCUAGAGAAAAACCUUUUCUUUAAUUGAAAAAGAGACUAUCAAUGCCUGAUUUGCAGUAAGCACCCAGAUAAUGAUGGAAAAUAUAUGAUGUUGAUUAAAGAGGUGCUGCUGUAUGAAGGAUGAUCUACAAGCCAAACAUCAAUGUGCUGUUUAUUCAUCCUCACCUUAGUUAAUUAACGUCAGCAAUGUCUGAAUUAACUGUACAACUUGACAUUUUCCAUGCAGUAUGAAUUCAGAAAUGACUUUGUGUAUUACAGUUUACACAUAGUGACACAGCAGAUCAAACUCCACUUGGUCUUGUUAAAUAAUGACCGACAGUAAAGUUAUACAACAAUCACUGAAACCUCUGGGAUGUGAAAACUGUUGUAAUGUUAAAAGCACAGUACUGUCAGUGCUUACAGUCAUAGUGGUACUACAUUUUGUCUCCAUUGGUGUAACUUUAUCUGUACAAGUUGCACUGAAAUUCCCUAUAAGCAUGAAAAGUCAUGUAGUUUCAACAUGGAGUCAUUGUAGCAGUCUUAAAUCUGUCCACAGUAAAUCCAGUUGCCUUUUAAUAAUGAGGUUAAAAGAGCUGAGGAUGUUGAUUGUGCCAAUUUUGUGAUGUGUAUCGUCUAAGACUUGUACUGUUGAGAAGGAAUUUAAGUGGUUGUUGUUGAAUAAAGCUAGUAAUAAAUUUUUAAUUUUUAACCU